AUGAUAAUAAUAAUACAAAUGAUAAAAAUAACAAUAAUACUAAUGAUGAUUCAGGAAGCACCUCCCCUCAAUCUCUCUUUCCCUUCGCCAGGUGGUUGAGAAUGGGAAAGUGCAGUUGGACGGGCUUCGUUCGCACGGUCAAGCAGGUGAUCACGUUCAUAUUCAGCCACGUGGGUCUGUGUGCGUUUGUAGCCGGCUAUUCGGUUGCUGGGGCGUUCCUGUUCAGGGAGCUCGAGCAGGACAAGGUCGAGGAGUACUAUGAUUCGGUCGUCAACAGGAACGAAUGCUUCAGCAAACUCUAUAACAUCACGGAGGAGGUGGGCUUCCAGCUCAACGGCAGCCACUGGAGGGACCUGCUCACCUCGGCGGCGUGGCAGGAGCGGGUCCUGCAGCAGCUGGAGGCGUUCGAGGAGGACCUGAUCGAGUCGGUGAGGAACCAGACGUACGACCAAGGGCCCGAGGAGCAGAGGAAGAGGUGGAGCGUCAUCGGGUCCCUUUUCUACUGCGUCACCGUCAUUACGACUAUAGGCUACGGCCACGUGUCGCCGCGCACGAACACGGGCAAGAUGGUGACCAUCGUGUACGCCCUGUUCGGGAUUCCGCUCAUGCUGCUCUGCCUCACCAACAUCGGCAACUCCAUGGCCACGUCGUUCAGGUUCAUGUACCACCGGAUGUGCUGCUGGUAUUGCCGCAAGAAGAGAGGCGAAGAGAGCGCGGAGUCGUCUUCCAUGCUGCAGAAUCCUAGCGGCACGGCGGGACCAGCCACCCCGGCCCCCUACACCCCGCCCCCCAAGUACAAGCCCAACCGCCGCAACAUGCUCAUUUCGCCGCCCAUCUCGGCCACCAUCCACCGCGGCUCCGACAACCCCCUGAAGGCGCCGUCGCUGGACUCCCCGAGCCCCUCGCCAGGCCACCCCGCGACGCGCGCGCUGGCUUUCCCUUCGCAGAACCACGUCCUCCUCCCGGACAUGGAGGCGAACCGCAUCGUGGCCGAGUGCGCGGCCUACACCAAGACCCACAUCCCCGGCUUCGUGGUGUCGCUCGACCCGGCGGCGAGCGACUGCCACGACUACGACAUGGUGACCGUCUCGACCCGCCUGUCCCCCAGCGUGUCCACUCGCCCUUCGCCCACGGCCUCCUCGCGGCCCACGCCCGAGCCCUCGUCUCCGCGGGCGCGAGAGGCGCCGGCGGAGUGGGCGCCGGCGCGGGAGAACGGCGGCCCGCACAUCAUCAUUGAAUCGGAGAUGGAGCAGCCUCCCUCCAACCACUCGACGCGGCCCGGCUCGCCGGCGUUCACCACCUCCACGCACCACGCCUCCAGCACGUCGCUCACGAGCAUUGCAAGUCGGCCGUGCAACAAGCGGACCUCGAGCCCGUUCCUGGGCGCCACGCUGUCCGGCGGGAUGGACCUCGACGGACCUCCUCAUCCCCGCGUCGUGGAGAGGCCGCCGCGGUCCCCGGGAAAGACUCUCGUGGUCUACAAUACGCUCUCCGGGGACGCCCUUCUCGAGCAGAGCAAGAUCGUGCGCAAGAUGGCGCUCAUGAACAAGGGAGGCUUCGGGCAAGUGCGCACCGACGCCACGACCGUCUUUACGGAUCCCAUUUCGGGCCAGGCGGUCGACGGCGACAUGCUGGGGCUAAACUACCGCCCCAUUCCGCCCGACACGUCGGAUGCGGAAAACCGCGUGCCCAUCCCCAUCGUGCUGGGCUUCGUUGCCUCGUACCUGGGCAUCGGCUCCCUGCUGUUCGUAUGGCUGGAGGGAUGGUCCAUGCUGGACGCCUGCUACUUCUGCUUCAUCACCCUCUCCACCAUCGGCUUCGGCGACUUCGUUCCGGGCAAGUCGCUGGGCUACGAGACGCAGGAAGCGCAGAUCAAGCUGGUCACCGGGUCCAUCUACCUGGUGCUUGGCCUGGCCGUCCUAGCGAUGUCUUUCAACUUAGUGCAGGAAGAGGUGGUCCUAAAAUGCAAAGCGUUUGCUAACUGGAUAGGCCUUCUCAAAGACUGAGGUCUUACUAUAUUGAUAGUAUUGUUACUAGUCUCCGAAGAUAACUCAGAUGGUAGUAACCACCUUGGUAGAACCUGAAACACAAAUGUCAAAUAGAUUUCUUAUCCCGUCUUGUUAUACGCAAUAUAUGUAUAUGAACAUGAUUUAUAAAUAAAUGAGCACAUGAGUAUCUCAUAUAGAGCGAAAUACACUCAUAAUACACACACACACACACAAAUACACAUGUAUAUGUAUAUCAUUUAUUUAUUGAUAGGAAAUGCAUAAAGAUGAGUAACUACAGAUAUAUAGAUAUAGGAAUUAUUAUCACAUGACUACCUUAGCUAAAUUCGUUCCUGAAGUCCUUGACACAUAAGAACCAAUGCAAGAUCAUAUACUGAUCUAGUCCGUUUAUCUAAUUCAAAAAUAUUAAUGUCUCUAGGUGAUAAAAUGGCAAAUCUUAGAUCAACAUUUCCACCCUGCAGAUCCAACAAACAGUAACUACUGUGUCAUUAGAUAAUAAAAUAGGUAACUAGAUAAACGAAAAUACAAGAAACACCACAUCAACAUCCACUGUUAACACAUCACAUUUUAGGAUGUUCACUCUGGACAUAACCAAUUUAUAUACUGUGUAUAGAGAAAUAGAAAAUGUUUAAUGUGCAAGGAAAAUGGCUGUGAUAAUUCUUUUCUCAGCUCUGCAAUAUGCUUUUUCUGGUUAUCUGUAUUGUGUUUAUUUGCUUAGCUUUUCAUGAGCUGAUGAGUGUUUAUAACAAUAUAAAAGUGAGUUUUGAUAAUAAGAUCUGCUUUCUGUUUGGAGACUUAUAAUAAACCCAGUUGAGUUAAUAGAUUUAAUAUCAAAAGCUCUAAGAUUGUUGCACAGUAAGGUUUUACUCACAAAAUCACAAAAUACAAAUAAAAAUCAAUAAAACUUCAAUGAUAUAAUUUUGUGUAUUGUAAUGUAGAGUAAUUAGAAUUGUAGAGAAACAUGUAUAUUAAAAUCUUGAAUAUGGCCUUUCAUUCAGUAAUUCAGUCUUGAGAUUUUCAGAAAAAAAAAAAAAUCUAUAUAAAAA